CCCCCCCGGCCGCCCAGACACUGAGCCCCCCACAGGCUCUAUUUAGAGUCUCCUUGUACCCCACCGCCGGACACUGUCUCCUCCCUGUCCCCCACCCCCUCCUCCCGCGUCUUCUUUCCCCCCCGCUGGGGUCGGAGCCCAGCCAGUUUCUCCGACCCCCUGCUGCUCCGCAGCGGCUGCCUGCGCCCCCAUCCCCGUCUGCUUGCCCGGAUGCCUCUCCCCGGGGGAUUGUGGUGGCUCCUCUGCUGCCGUCGAGGCUUCACUCUGCUGCACCGGGACUACGGAGACGGCGAGCUUAGCGGGGACGGGGACGAGGACGAGGACGAAGAGACCUUUGAGCUACGGACCCCAAGUCCAGCGGGCGGCGGGAGGGGUCCCCUGGACGUGACACUGACUCAGCCGGUGAGGAGCGGGCCUGUCUCGGACAGGCUGCAGAGCUGGGAGGAAACGUGGAGCCUCAUCCCAGAGAAGGGGCUGCCGGAGGACGACCCGGAUGUCGUCGUGAAAGGUUGGCUAUAUCGAGAGCCUCGCGGAGGAGGAGCACGGCCCUGGCUACCCCCGCGCAGGGCCUGGUUUGUACUCACUCGGGACUCCCUGGACCAGUUCAGCAGCAGCGGGAAGGGGGCGCGGCGCCUUGGGAGCCUGGUGCUCACCAGCCUCUGCUCGGUUACCGGCCCAGAGCGCAGGCCCAAGGAGACCGGUCUAUGGUCAGUAACUGUGUCUGGCCGGAAGCACAGUGUUCGCCUCUGUUCCCCACGUCAAGCCGAGGCCGAGCGCUGGGGGGUGGCAUUGCGGGAAGUGAUCACCUCCAAGGCGCCCCUGGAGACCCCCACCCAGCUAUUGCUCAGAGACAUACAGGAGAGCUGUGGAGACCCAGAAGCAGUGGCCCUCAUUUACCGAAGAAACCCAAUUCUGAGGCACACCAGUGGAGCCUUGUACGCCCCACUCCUGCCCCUGCCCUAUGGAGUCAACGCCCCUGGUCCGGGCUAUGCACCUUUGCGGGAGGAGGCUGUGAGGCUGUUCCUGGCGCUGCAGGCACUGGAGGGGGCGCGGCGGCCUGGGCCCCUGAUGCAGGGUGUGCUCCAAACCUGCCGGGACCUGCCUGCGCUUCGGGACGAACUCUUCCUGCAGCUGGCUAAGCAGACCUCAGGCCCUGCGGGCCCUCCUGGGCUCCCAGAGACCCGAGACCCUGCAGCCCUACGGUACUGGCAGCUCCUCACCUGCAUGAGCUGCACCUUCCGGCCUGGGGGAGCUGUGCGGGGGCACCUCCUGGGGCAUUUGGAGAGGACGGACCAGGCACUCCCGGACUCGGAACUGGCGGAAUAUGCACGAUUCAUCCGGAAAGCGCUGGGCCGGACGCGGGGCCGAGAGUUGGUGCCAUCACUGGCAGAGAUUUCGGCACUGAGCCGACGGCAGGAACUGCUGUGCACCGUGCACUGCCCGGGGGCUGGUGCUUGCCAGGUGGCCAUCGACUCCCACACCACAGCGGGGGAGGUGGCUCGAGAGCUGGUGGGGCGGCUGGGCUUGGCCCGA